AUGGCGACCGUCAAAGCAACACACACCGCCUCAGGCAUCCUCCUCGCCGAAGUCCCCGUCUCGGAGACCUCCAGCGUGGAAGGAAACUACUACAUCCCAGAAUCAGCUCUCAAGCUCCCGCUCCCUGGCAAGGACGAGAAUGCGAAACCUCGCCUCACACCAUCAACGACGCAUUAUCACUGCCCCUGGAAAGGCCAGUCCAGCUACUACAACUUGGUCACCGAAAACGGGAAGACCGUCAAGGAUAUAGCGUGGUACUACGCGGACCCAAGCAAGAAGGCGAUCGAGAAGGGCGUAACAAAGGACAAGGUGGCAUUUGACAAGGGCCAAGUGAAGGUCGUGGUUGAGUAG